CGCGCGAAACCCUACCACCGGAGGGAGAAAAAUCUCCCAAAUCCCAGGCCUCCUUCCCGUCCCAGCGUCGCUUUCGCCGGACACCACCACCUGCCGCUUUCCUCUCGCUCCCCUCCCCCCGCCCAUCUCCUCCUCCACCCCUUUCUGACCUCGAUUCCUGAUUGGGAAUCCGCAUCCGCCCACAGCGGGCAUUCAAUUCCCUGCCCCCACGAGCACGCCGCCCACACCUUUAUACCGCGGCCGAAGAGGAAGCCCGGCGCUCCUGAAACCGCUGCAUUCACAUGAUGUAUCAUGCUAAGAGUUUUUCUGUGCCCUUUGCCCCGCAGAGGGCUCAGAAUAGUGAGCAUGUAAGUAAUAUUGGAGCUAUCAGUGGAUCCAACAUAAGCAACCCUGCUAAUCCUGUGUCAAGUGGGAAACAGCGUCUACGAUGGACCUCAGAUCUCCAUAAUCGCUUUGUGGAUGCCAUCGCCCAGCUUGGUGGACCAGAUAGAGCAACACCUAAAGGGGUGCUCACUGUAAUGGGUGUACCAGGGAUCACAAUUUAUCACGUAAAGAGCCAUUUGCAGAAGUAUCGCCUUGCAAAAUAUAUACCAGAAUCUCCUGCUGAAGGUUCCAAGGACGAAAAAAAGGAUUUGAGCGAUUCCCUCUCUAACACGGAUUGUGCACCAGGAUUACAAAUCAGUGAAGCACUGAAGAUGCAAAUGGAGGUUCAGAAGCGGCUUCAUGAACAGCUCGAGGUUCAAAGACAAUUGCAGCUGCGAAUUGAAGCUCAAGGGAAAUACUUGCAGAUGAUCAUAGAGGAGCAGCAAAAGUUUGGUGGAUCAAUUAAAGCUUCUGAGGACCAGAAGCUUUCGCAUUCACCUCCAAGCUUAGAUGACUACCCGGACAGCGUGCAGCCUUCUCCCAAGAAACCAAGGUUGGAUAAGUUGUCACCAGAUUCUGCACGGGAUAUCACACAACCAGAAUUCGAAUCCCAUUUGAUUGGUCCGUGGGAUCAAGAAAUCUGUGCGAAAAACAUAUGUGCCGUUGCAUUCCCAGUGGAAGAGUUCAAAGCAGACCCUGGCAUGAACAAGUCAUAAAAGCAAACCUUCCUUGAUGGAAAUUCUUCAGAAUUGACCUCUCCACUGGAUGAUGAUUCGCUUGUGAAUAUAUAAUAUCUUAACAACAGAAUGUUGUACGGAUCUUUGGAUCCGCACCUGAUCCCGUCAGCCACGGCUACAUGUUGUCGUCACUGUAGUAUUCAUCAUACAGCUUUUGUAAUUAUGAGGAUGGUGUUACAGUGUUUCUAGCGAGCAUUUCCUUUGUUGGAGUAGUCCUGAGUUGAACCAUGUAGCAAGAAAGAGAACACGUUUACACUCAAUACAUUUGCUGUGAAGAGGGCACGCCCCUGCAGCUACCUGAAGCUUUGA